AAUCUCUUCAUAGCCUUGCUGUUCAAAUAGGUUGAAUGAUAUAGUCAACAUUUUACCACGCAACUCAGACAUAUCUGUAACUCGGCUAAUAUUAACCCUUGUGAGAAAAUGAUUUUGGAAUGAGGAAAACGGAUAUCAGCGAGUUGGACUAUAGCAUUUUCACAAAGAAAAUGGCUAAUGUUACAUUUCAGACGAUGUCGGCUGAGUAUAAUCCGACUUGCAAGGGAUGGGUUCGUAUUCGCGCAACAAAAUGCGACGGUCGUUUGCUUCUUCUGUGGGUACACCCAUAACUGUUGGACCACAAAUGACUUCUUGUAUCCAAUCAGUCACAACCCAGGAUGUACAUCCGAGUCGCGUGCCGAGAGGGGCAACAUUCCUCUGGGAUUUGAAACUCCUGGACCAGGACUUCAACGCCAUUAUGAUGGAGCACCAAAUCUUCCACAAGCUGGUGCUGUCUAUAACAAUCAGGUUCAAAUGGUACGCCUUCCUAAGACUACGGGAAGGUGCCUUCUCUGUGGAUUUCGACCCUCUAAUGUUCUCUUUCGACCCUGCUGUGAUUUCGUCGCCUGCGGACAGUGCGCAAACGGAUUGACCAGAUGUAUUUCGUGUCAUGAUCUCAUAUCCAGUUUUAUAGAGGUCUAGUAAUGACAAGUACAAAUACCAGUAUAUAUUGACUUGUUAUAGUAGUUACAGUAUCUUUGUUACAUAUGUACACUGUACUGUGUCUGAAAACGGGUCUUUUUACGAUACAUAUUUAAUUUUGGAAAAAUAUUUACUUCAAUUGAUUGCUGUAUAGAAAGUCUAAGGCUUAUUGACGUUAUAGAGCCUGUAUCCUGGGUAUACCCUUAAACUGCUGUUUUAUAGGAGAUCUGAAUGAUAUGCCGGUCGCUAGAAGGACUAUAAGUUUAGUAUGCUACGGCGACCUAACUAGUUAGAAACAAUAAAGACAAUUUUAAAAUAGAAUCAUGGACCAAUGCUGUUAUACUAGUAUAUAAGACAUUGUUUUGGUGCAGUACGCAAAUCUUACAUCACAAAAACCAUAUGAUUUUCACACAGAUGAAUUAUUGAACUAUCCAAUUUAUUUAUAAUCCAAACACAUUGAAAGAAAAUUAGAGUUCUUUCUUUAAAUCGUGGUUUGAUGCUAGAAUUCAUUGUAUUGGUGAUACAUUAAAGAUUGAAUCUCAAUUUAUGUUGAUGAAUAUAUUUUUCUUUCAAUUAAAACAUACAUAUCAUUUAUUAUGAAGGAGUGACAAGAGCAAUACCUCAAUUUAUGAAACCACAUAUAUACCUCGCCCUACCCAACACAUCAUCAAACCCUUUAUACCUCUUUUAUGACAACUUAUAUUGUAUAAAGAGUCUGUUGCAAAAAGACUAUCUACCAUUCGAAAUAAAAUAAGGAACACCCAUCAGUUAAAGAAACAUGUGAAUAAAAUGCAAAACCAUAAUUAAUGAAAAAUAAUGGAAUUGCAUUUUUUGAACAAUGCUUUUUUAUAAUCUAUGAUGUUAAAGUUCAAUGGCUGCAUUACAUUACAAUUGACAUGAUUCUUAAAAAACUGAAUCAAGUAUGUUUAUUUUGCAAACACAGUGAGGAAAAGUAAGAUGAUUAUUUCAAUGAAUUUCAGUUAUCUAAAGCAAUUAUUGACAAGAUGUAACCACUUCACUAUGUUCAUUUCAUGUAUAAGAAAAUGUUUCUACUAGGAUAUUUAACACAGUAUUAUAGAGCCAAAAAUAAUGUUAUUUGGUUUAUUUAGCUUUCGUUAUAAAAGAGUUAAAUGGAUAAAUGAAAUCCAACCAUAACAUGAACCAAUGACCAUUGUAUAUGAAUAUGACAACUUAACAAAAACAUCAAUUUCAAAAUAUAAUUUACAAUCCUUAGACAAAGAAUGCGAAUUAUAAAAUCCUAUAGUUUCACAAAUGUAAUGUUAAAAUUUAAGAUUUUUAGGAAUUGUUUUUUUUUGCAAUUGUUUUACAAACUUAGUAUUCAAAUUUGAUGAUUGUUGUAGGUUAAACAACGUUUAACAAUUACUAUUUACAGCAUACCGUUAAUCAAAUGACAUUAAAUGAAUUUAAGGACCUAUGAGUCAUAAAACAUAAUUAUAGGUGCUAAUCAAUUUUCUAUGCCUUUAUCAUCUGUGAAAAUUUAUAAAUAAUUUGUGUUAUGUUUACAUUCUGGAAAAUAUAUUUCCAUAUCAUUCGUUUCUCAAUUGUAUUUUAAACACAGAAUAUCAUUCAAUUGUGUAAUGCUCAAAGUGUUUACCACAUUCAAUAAUGUAAAAUAUUCAGGUAGUUAAAACAAAAAUAGCAUUCUGUUUUAAUUAAAAGCUUGCAAACCUGUAUGGUAUGUUGAAAAUAAGCAUCUUUUUGUUGUGUGUUUUUCCAACUCAAAAUUACUUGACAAUGACUUAUAUUACAGCCUUCGUUCCAGUUUGUGAUAUGUUUGUAAACUUGAAAUGUGUUUUGUUUCUUUCUUGUAAUGAUUAGUUAUGUUAUUGCCUACAAAGACAUAAUACUCUGUCUUGUAUGAUCAAGGUAGGGAUUUUGUUUCCACUCUACUAUUCUAAUUGCUUCGCUUGUCAUUGUCAAUAAUUAUAUAGAUACAGUAUGACUUGAGAUGUGUUGAAGAUGUAUUUGUGUAUGUAUUUGUUUUCAGUCUUGUAAUAAAAUUUGUUAGAAAAAAAUUUCCGAGUCUAAAUAUGAUUAGAACAUGACAACAACAAGUGCACCAGACAACUGUUUUUCCAUUCUUAUAAGUAAUAAAACAUUGGAAUAACAAAAAAGUUAUUACCAAAAAUAAAGUAUUAUGCUUGUAGCUCAUUGUUUUCGAGAAAAGCGAUAUUUCCUCCUUAAGUGUAGUUCACAUUCAGAACACUUUACACAUGAAGUUACAUGACGAUGAAUUUGUAGAACAGUUCAAUAAAAGAAAUAAUGGUUGUAGCAAACAAAUAUGAUUUAGUUUGACAUGUUCUGUAUUUCAUUGACUUCUUUUAUAUAGAUAAAUGUUGUAUAUACAUCGUUUUCAUUAUUUAUUGAAUAACAUUAUUGUUUAGUUAUUCAUAUUUUAUAUGGUUUUGUUUUGCAGUCUUGAAAUGAAAUAUGUUGAAAAACCCCAAGUGUUGAUUUUAUUUUGUAAAACAAUUCAUGAAUAUUACAACAUUUUAUAAACUAAACAUAGUUACUAAUAACUAGUACAGCUUUUAAAUUCAAAAAUGUCUAACAUGUUUAAUCAUGUGUGUACCCUUGCAGACUUAU